GGGACGCCGGAGCCCGCGUCCCGGAGCCUCCGAAGCCAGCCCGAGCCCUGGCUGCAGCUGAGCAGCGCAUCGGGCCCGGGAGAAAGGGACGGCGGGGUGGUCCUCGAAGACCAGCUUGCAAAGCGCGGGGAGGAAGGAGCGGACGCGCGGCGGGCAGGGGCGGAGGCGCCCGGACCCGAAGCGCGAAGGCCUAGCGUGCAGCGGGGCUACCGGGUAUCCAUGGCCCACAGCAUGGCCCGGGGCUGGGCGCGGCCGUCGUGCGCCUCUCUGUGCGCCCGAGCCGUCUGGGCGGCUGCCGCGUUUCUGCUCUGGACGCCCUGGACCUCAGGUGAAGUGGAAGAUCCUGAUCCAAGUGACCAUUUGGGACAACUUGAUGGACCAGACAGUCCACUUCCCACUCUGAAAGGUUAUUUUCUGAAUUUUCUGGAGCCAGUCAACAAUAUCACCAUUGUCCAGGGCCAGACUGCAAUUCUGCACUGCAGGGUGGCAGGAAACCCACCCCCCAACGUGAGGUGGCUGAAGAACGACGCCCCAGUCGUGCAAGAACCACGAAGGGUCAUCAUCCGGAAAACAGAAUACGGCUCUCGGCUGCGGAUCCAAGACCUGGACACGACAGACACCGGCUACUACCAGUGCGUGGCCACCAACGGGGUGAAGACCAUCACUGCCACCGGAGUCCUGUAUGUGCGGCUUGGUCCAACACACAGCCCAAACCACAACUUUCAGGAUGACUACCAGGAGGACGGCUUCUGUCAGCCUUACCGGGGGAUUGCCUGUGCGCGCUUUAUCGGAAACCGGACUAUUUACGUGGACUCUCUCCAGAUGCAGGGGGAGAUUGAAAACCGAAUCACAGCUGCCUUCACGAUGAUCGGCACCUCUACGCACCUGUCUGACCAGUGCUCACAGUUUGCCAUCCCAUCCUUCUGCCACUUCGUCUUUCCUCUGUGCGAUGCCCGCUCCCGGGCACCCAAGCCUCGGGAGCUGUGCCGAGAUGAGUGCGAAGUGCUGGAGAGUGACCUGUGCCGCCAGGAGUACACCAUCGCCCGCUCCAACCCGCUCAUCCUCAUGCGGCUCCAGCUGCCCAAAUGUGAAGCGUUGCCCAUGCCCGAGAGCCCAGAUGCUGCCAACUGCAUGCGCAUCGGAAUCCCAGCCGAGAGGCUGGGCCGCUACCACCAGUGCUACAACGGCUCGGGCUCAGAUUACAGGGGCAUGGCCAGUACCACCAAGUCAGGCCACCAGUGUCAGCCAUGGAUCCUACAGCACCCUCAUAGUCAUCACCUGUCCAGCACAGACUUCCCCGAGCUGGGAGGGGGCCACGCCUACUGCCGGAACCCCGGGGGCCAGAUGGAAGGCCCAUGGUGCUUUACGCAGAAUAAAAACGUACGCAUGGAACUGUGUGACGUACCCCCGUGUAGUCCCCGAGACGGCAGCAAGAUGGGGAUUCUAUACAUCCUGGUUCCCAGCAUUGCCAUCCCCCUAGUCAUCGCCUGCCUUUUCUUCCUGGUCUGCAUGUGCCGUAACAAGCAGAAGGCCUCGGCCUCCACCCCACAGCGCCGGCAGCUGAUGGUUUCACCCAGCCAGGACAUGGAGAUGCCACUCAUCAGCCAGCACAAACAGGCAAAACUCAAAGAGAUCAACUUGUCUGCAGUGAGGUUCAUGGAGGAGCUGGGCGAGGACCGGUUUGGGAAAGUCUACAAAGGCCAUCUGUUUGGGUCCGCUCCAGGAGAGCUGACCCAGGUAGUGGCCAUCAAGACGCUGAAGGACAAGGCAGAGGGGUCCCUACGGGAGGAGUUCCGGCAGGAGGCUAUGCUGCGGGCACGCCUGCAGCACCCCAACAUUGUCUGCCUACUGGGUAUGGUGACCAAGGACCAGCCCCUGAGCAUGAUCUUCAGUUACUGCUCACACGGUGACCUCCAUGAGUUUCUGGUCAUGCGCUCACCACACUCUGAUGUGGGCAGCACGGACGAUGACCGCACGGUGAAGUCUGCCCUGGAGCCCCCUGACUUUGUGCAUGUAGUGGCACAGAUUGCUGCGGGCAUGGAGUAUCUAUCCAGCCACCACGUGGUCCACAAGGACCUGGCCACACGCAAUGUGCUGGUGUAUGACAAGCUUAACGUGAGGAUCUCAGACUUGGGUCUCUUCCGUGAGGUGUAUUCUGCUGAUUACUACAAGCUUAUGGGCAAUUCGCUGCUGCCUGUCCGCUGGAUGUCACCUGAGGCAAUCAUGUAUGGCAAGUUCUCAAUCGACUCUGACAUCUGGUCCUAUGGCGUGGUGCUCUGGGAGGUCUUCAGUUAUGGACUGCAGCCCUACUGUGGGUACUCCAACCAGGAUGUGGUGGAGAUGAUCCGUGGCCGGCAGGUGUUGCCCUGUCCUGAUGACUGCCCCGCCUGGGUCUAUGCCCUCAUGAUCGAAUGCUGGAAUGAGUUCCCCAACCGGAGGCCCCGCUUUAAGGACAUUCACAGCCGACUCCGGGCCUGGGGCAACCUGUCCAACUACAACAGCUCAGCGCAAACUUCAGGAGCCAGUAACACCACACAGACCAGCUCCCUGAGUACCAGCCCUGUGAGCAAUGUGAGCAACACCCGCUAUAUGGCACCUAAGCAGAAGGCCCAACCCUUCCCACAGCCUCAGUUUAUUCCCAUGAAAGGCCAGAUCAGACCCCUGGUGCCCCCAGCCCAGCUCUACAUCCCUGUCAAUGGCUACCAGCCAGUGCCAGCCUAUGGGGCUUACCUGCCCAACUUCUACCCAGUCCAGAUCCCCAUGCAGAUGGCCCCACAGCAGGUACCACCUCAGAUGGUCCCCAAGCCCAGCUCACACCACAGUGGCAGCGGUUCCACCAGCACGGGCUAUGUUACCACAGCACCCUCCAACACAUCUGUGGCUGACAGGGCAGUCCUACUGUCUGAGGGCACUGAGGAGGCACAGAAUGUCCCAGAAGAUGUGGCCCAGAGCCCUAUGCAGGAAGCAGAGGAGGAGGAGGAAGGCUCUGUCCCAGAGACCGAGCUCCUGGGAGACACUGACACUCUACAGAUGAAUGAGGCCCAUGUCCAGCUGGAACCCUGAGUAGCAUGCAGAGCCUGGAACAUCAGGAGAGAAGACCCUACUGUUACCAUAUGGGGCCUCAGACAGCUUUGAGAAGUCAAACAGCAGCUCACCAGAGCCCAGAGACUGGUAGGCUGGGUUGCAGUCCUGCCAACCUUAGACCGUGUGAAAUCCUGUACCUGUCUCCUGUGCUCUCUGCACUCAGAGCUGCCAUUGCAAUCCCCAGUUUGGCUGGAGGCCAUUUCAGACAGCAGGCCAACCUGGGCAGGAGGCCCAGCAGCAUGAUCUCCUCAGAACAGGACAGGGAGACCUCACCACCACCUGCCUUUAUCCUGAUGGUAGAUGGGUAGUGAUCUGAGUAUGCUGUGCAAAGAAACAGGCUGCGUCUUCACUCCCUGUGUCUAACGACUGAGGAUUCAGAACUGGGGGAAAACAGGGCUGCAAAGGGCAGCAGAGAGGCAUCUUGGGUUUGAGGUGCUCAGCAAGCCUCCUACUGGCUAGAGGGUGAGGGCCGCCCUUUCCUCUCUACUGCCCCCUGCUGCUUGUGAUCUUUUUAUCAGCUAUAGGCCAGCACAAGCAGGGUGUGCCACCUGCCGGAAUCUAAGGAGAGAAGGGCUUCUAAAACAAAUGGGAGCGCCUCACAUUAAAGAGAAUGUGCCUUUACGGAAACCUACACGAUUUUGUAUUUUUGUGAAGUGUUUUAAUUGUACUGCGUGUGUAUUUUGCCUACUUUUCUGGAAUUCAAGGGAAAGUGCUAACUGGGUUUAGAAUGUUCAAAAGGAAGCAAUAUUGUACAGAAAACAGUAUUUGUUAAUGUUUUUAAAAGAAUCACCUUAAAUGUAAUUUAUAUGGUUUUCUGUGUGACAUUUUCAUGAAAGCGUUUUGAUCCUAAAUAAUGGCUUAGUAGUUUAAA